GUUUCAGUGCUGACUAUUUGAAAGGGAGUGGUCGUGUGUGUAUUUGAGUGUAUGUAUAGUAUGUGGGUGAUGGCAGCACAGCAGUGGCGUUAAGAAAAGACCGACAGGAACAAGAUGAGGACAGCUCUGUGGAUUCUCUCCCUCUGUUCUGUUCAGACAGGAGUCCUGACGGCACCCAUACUUGUGUUUGGAACUGAAGGAGGAAGAGUGGAAUUAACAUGCCCAUAUCCAGUUGAGCACAUAUUCACCCAAAAGUACCUCUGCCGGGAGCCUUGUGGGCGGAGUGAUGUUCUCAUCACAUCAGGAAAGAAUGGCAAUGGAGAAAGAAAGGGAAGAUAUUUAACUGUGGACACCACAAGUGCAAAUACUUUCUCAGUGAUCAUCUCUAAUCUGCGGCUGGGUGAUGCUGGAGUUUACUACUGUGGGCUUAAUCAGUGGGGUGAAGACACAUUAGUCAAAGUGGUGCUGGCCGUCAGUAAAGCUCCAACACCUGUGUCUCCUCCAUCCACUACUAAAGCCCCCACCCAUCUACAGGAUACAUCCAACACUCUACCCACUACAGAUGCACCAUUUCCAACACCUUUACACACAGUCACACCUACGAGUUCUAGUGGAUAUGGUAAUAUGAACUCAAAUACAGACUCCGUCAUCUGGAUGGUGCGUUUUGGGAUUAUUCUGGGACUGCUGUUGUGUGCUGGAUUAACGCUCCUUUGGGUGCACAAGACAGGGUUAUGCAAGAUAACUCCAGAAGUUAUGGAUGGAUCUCGACAAAAUUUUCAGGAAUGGAAGCAGCUACAGUACUGUGCCACUGUGUGA